AUGGGGAAGGACCGCGAUCGCGCGUCGCGGUUCACGUCGACCGGAGGAGACGGUGCGCGUCCUGUCCUCCCGUCGUUCUCAUCACUCCCCGCGUUAUUCGCUCUCGUCGACGCCGCCAUUCAUUUCGUUCGCACGCUCGCUCGCUCGCUCGCUCACCGUCCGUCCGUCCAUCGCGCGCCCUCUUCCCUCUCUCCGACAGCAGACGCGGCGGCGAAAGUAGGAGCGAAGAAGCGGAAGCAAAAGUCCGCGCUGUCGCUCGACGCCUUCGCGCGCGCGAAGAAGAGCACGUACGACAAGCGCGUCGUCCUCGAGAAGAGGCGCGCGCUCGCCGCAGCGCGCGUGAACAAAUUCCGCAAGGUGCAGAAGCGACUGGGAAGCUCCGUCGACGUCGACGACGCGUUCGACCCCGCCGCGAUCGCCGCGCGCUUGGAGCAGACGGACGCCAUCGUCGGCGUCGGCGUGGGAGGGGGAGGGAACAGAGUUGGAGGGGGGGGACGCGCGGACGACGGCGCCGGCGGAGGGGAGACGAGAACGAAGAAGAAGAAGAAGAAAAAGAAGGAGGAGGAGGAGGACGAGGUCGCCGCCGCCUCCGCCUCCGACUCAGAACGCCCCUCAUCAGACGACUCGGACGACGCGGAGUUCCGGAACAACGUCGUCGCGAAGGACGGCGACGGCGACGGCGACGACGACGACGACGAAGCGCAGACGGACGCGCGCGGGAACACCCCGGGCGCGAGCCGCCCGCCCGGUUCCAAGGGGUGGAACGCGACGCGAAAGAAGGGCAUCCGAGACGCCAAGGCGAGGGAGGACAAGGCGAGAGAGAUGACGGAGCUGCGCGCCAAAUGGGCGGAGGAAGAUAAGGCGCGUUCUGUUACCACACUGGGACGGAAGGCGUUCUUCGAGAAGAGGAAUAAGGAGCGCGGGAAUUUCCGGAAGAAGAACAGCAGAGGACAGCCGGUGAUGAAGCACAGGGUGGAUAAGAUCUUAGAGACGCUGACGCGCGAGGGGGGGGGCGGCGGCGGGGCGCGGUAG